AAGAGACAAUCAAGAAAAUCAAGAGUUAAUCAUGCAUAUGGAAGCACUACCCAUGGAGACAACAAAUCCGCUACGUGCGGUCGUGCUGCUGUCCGCGGUCGUGGUCAUGCUGUCGCUGAGCUCGUGCUGCGCCUCGUCGGCGGUCGGCGGGCAGCUGCUGCACCCGGUGAUACUCAUCCCGGGCUCCGGCGGCAACCAGCUGGAGGCGCGCCUCACUGAUGACUACAGGCCGUCGAGCCUGACGUGCCGGGUGUGGCCGCCGGUGCGCGGGCGCGGCGGGUGGUUCCGCCUGUGGUUCGAGCCGUCCGUCCUGCUCGCGCCCCUCACCCGCUGCUUCGCCGAGCGGAUGAUGCUCUACUACGAUCGCGACGCCGACGACUACCGCAACGCGCCCGGCGUCGAGACCAGAGUCUCCGAAUUCGGCUCCACCUCCACCCUCCGCUACCUCGACCCAACCCUCAAGCUCCUGACGGGGUACAUGGACACCCUGGCGAGCACGCUGGAGACGGCCGGGUAUGAGGAGGGGCAGAGCCUCUUCGGCGCGCCGUACGACUUCCGCUACGGCCUCGCCGCGCCGGGGCACCCGUCGCAGGUGGGAAGCGCGUACCUGGACCGCCUCCGGCUGCUGGUGGAGUCCGCGUGCGCGGCGAACGGCGGCAGGCCGGCGAUCCUGCUCGCACACAGCCUCGGCGGGCUGUACGCGCUACAGCUGCUGGCGCGCGCGCCGGCGCCCUGGCGGGAUGCGCACGUGAAGCGCCUCGUGACGCUCUCGGCGCCGUGGGGCGGGUCGGUGCAGGUGAUGCUCACCUUCGCCUCGGGCAACACCCUGGGCGUGCCGUUCGUGGACGCGUCCCUCAUCCGCGCCGAGCAGCGCAGCUCCGAGAGCAACCUCUGGCUACUGCCCACGCCCAAGGUGUUCGGCAACACCACGCUCGUCGUCGUCGUGUCGGAGCGCCACAACCGGUCCUACUCCGCCAAGAACGUCACGCAGUUCCUGCAGGACAUCGGGUUCGCCGAGGGGGUGGAGCCGUACCGGGCGCGGACGCGGCCGCUCGGGGAGGUACUGCCGGAGCCCGGCGUGCCGGUCACGUGCCUGGUCGGCACCGGCGUCGACACGGUGGAGAGCCUCGUGUUCGGGGCGGAGGGGUUCGACGCGGGGCCUGUCAAGGUGGUGUACGGCGACGGUGACGGGACGGUGAACCUGGCCAGCCUCGUCGGGCCGAUCAAGGCGUGGUCCGACUCGCCGGCGCAGGUCAUAGAGGUGGUGGAGCUGCCCAAGGUGUCGCACUCGGGCAUCCUCAAGGACAAGAGCGCGCUCGACCAGAUCGUUCGGAUUGUUGAUUCCAUCAAUCUAAAUGCCACGACCACGACUAUGUCGCUACACCGCAGCUCGGCUGCUGCGCUCGCGGCGCUGCUCGCCUUCUCGGUGUUGUUGUGCUCAUCUCCGUGCGCGACAGCCGCCGACGAUCACAAGCCCAUCGUGGCGCGCGUCAGAAAGGACGCCGCCACCUCCCUCUACACCAUCGUCAUCAAGGUCGGCGGGGUGCCGCUGCUCCUCGACAUCGCCGGCCCACUGCUCUGGCUAGCCAACUGCCCCACCCCGCACCGCACCAUCCCGUGCGGCACCGACGUCUGCGAGGACGUCAAUUACAUGAACCACCCGUCCAACGGAAAUUGUUUGACUGAACAUGUGUUGAGGUACCCAUACGAGUGUGGCGCGGUCUGCACCGCCUACCCGUACAACCCAGUCAACGGGCGGUGCGCCCAGGAUGACGCUACCACGAUCACGCUCGCUGCCAACACCACGGACGGCGAGAACCCUCUGUCGGAGGUCUCCUUCCGCGCUGUAGGCUCCUGCGCGCCGGGGGACCUCCUGGCGUCGCUCCCGGCCGGCGCGGCCGGCGUCGCAGGGCUCUCCACGCUACCCGUGUCGCUGCCGACCCAGUUCGGCACCAUUCUGAAGGUGGCCAAGCAGUUCGCACUCUGCCUCCCCGGUGGCGGAAGCGACGGCGUGGCCGUCUUCGGCGGCGGCCCGUUCCAGCUCCUGGCCGCGCCGCCGGUGGAGCUCGCCGACGGCCUGCGCCAGAACCAGCUCCCGCUCCUCAAGAACCCCAAGUCGGACAAGGGCGCGUACUACUUCCGCAUCACCGGCAUCGCCGUGAACCAACAGCAGGUGCCCACACCGCCCGGCGCCUUCGACAUCGACGGUGGGAGCGGCACGGGCGGUGCCAUCUUCAGCACCGUCACACCCUACACCGCGCUGCGCCCGGACAUCUACCGCCCGCUCCACGACGCGUUCGACGCGGCCACCAGCGGCAUCGCGCGCGCGCCGCCGGUGGCGCCGUUCGACAUGUGCUACCAGGCGUCCGCGCUUACCAUGACCAGGCUGGGCUACGGCGUGGCAAACAUCGACCUGACGCUGGACGGCGGCCAGACCUGGACGCUGCCCGGUGGCAGCUCGCUGGUGCAGGUGAACGACCAGACGGUGUGCUUCGCGUUCGUCCAGAUAGAGCCGUCAAUGCCGGCGGCGGCCGACUCACCGGCGGUCAUCUUCGGUGGGUUCCAGAUGGAGAACCACCUGCUCAUCUUCGAUCUGGAGAAGGAGACUUUCGCGUUCAGUGGGCUCCUCUUCGGAAUCCGCACUACAUGUAGCAACUUCAACUUCACCAUGGGGAGUUCUUAG